UUUAUAAUUAUGCAUACACUACGGUAUGAUCUAUUCAGUUUACUCCAGGGAUUACGGUGUUAAGUAACCAAAUGAAUUCACAAAAUAAAUUUGCGGAAAACAUUUUAUUUGUUUAAGUGGAUUUUGUAUAAAACUGCCAUAGGAUUUAAGAGGUCUUGAUUCUUCUUCAAGCCAGUUAACAUAUAUCACAUUGAAAGUUGAUUGAACAUGUGAUAAGAUAAAGAAAUGGAAUGUAGGUGAAGAGGUCUUAUACGGUGCAAACAAUGAGUUCUGAACAGAAUCGCGUGUACUUGUUUCGCCUUCAAACUCUUAUAAUCGAUGGUGGAACACUUGUGGUCAGAAAUGUUUUCGAUCAGAAGAUUCCAUGCCCUACACUUAGUGCGCUUUUAAAACAGGAAAAGAAAACCAUUGAUAAACUGAAGAAGACAGGAAAAAUAACGGAUGUACAAUACCACCUGCUUUUUCCAACCGGAAGUGACCCAAAAUCAGAAACCUUUGACCUUACCCUACUAAUCUGCUUGCUAAGGAACAUAUGCGGCUUAAACAAUCAGUACAAAUGGAAAACACCCAUAGAUGUGAAUGAUUUGACGCUAGAAGCUGACCUUCACAGAAUCAAGGAAUAUCGCAACAACAUUUCGCACCUGUCAGAAACUACUUGUAUCACAGAGCCUGACUUUUUAAAGCGCUGGAACGAAAUUGAACAGGUGCUCAUCAGAUUGAAUUCAAGCGUUCCAGAUAGUAUUUUGGAUUUGCAGAAAACAAUAGAUAGAUACAAAACUAAUCCACUAGACCCAGAAGCAGAGGAGAAAUUUAUUAAAGAUGCGGAAGCAGAAAAAGAACGUGCUUACGAAAAGCGCAGACUGGAGCUUAAAGACGAUUUGAUUGUUUUUAUUGAGGAUGAACAUUCAACAUUACAAUUUUCACCAUUUGGGGAAGAACAUGACACAUCCUUACUGGAUAUGUACGUAAAGCCAGAAUUGAAUUCUAUUGACAUUCAAAGCUCUGGAAUGAAUGAGACGAAAACACCUGUUGGAUCGCUACAAGGUAUUUUCAGAGAGCAAAGUAGAAGAUGUAAAGAAGUAUACAUCACUGCAGACGCAGGAGUGGGAAAAACUGCAUUGUGUAAACGCAUAGCUGUUACAUGGUGCCAAGCCCAACAACCUGAUGAAAGUAAAUCGAAAUCCUUUUCAGAUGAUGACAUUCGCGCUAUGGAGGAAUUCGACUUUCUUUUCAUUAUUUCACUAAGAGAGUCAAAUAGUGACUGUGAAAUAGACCUCAUGAUAUUUAAUCAAAUAAUAAAGUCAUUAUCGCGGUCGUCAAAAUAUUCUGUAGAGCUUCUCCAAGAAAUUCUUCAUAGAGAGCAAUGUUUCAUUGUACUAGAUGGUCUAGAUGAAUGGUUUCACCCUAAAUCGACCUGUCGUAAAAAGCAAAAAUGUAUCCCACACAGAAAUGCAAGAAGUAAUAAUUGCACAUUCGUAACAACAUUAAGGCCAUGGAAAUUAAGUGAGAUAUCUUUGCGGAAGAGGCAGAUAGAUCGUAAAGUUGAAUUGGUCGGAUUCAGUAAGGAGUCGGCAUCAAAAGAAUCUAAAUUAAAAGAACUAAAGAAAAGAGCAAUUUUAGCGGUUAAAAAUGUAGCCAAAGAUCAAGUGGAACAUGAAAUCAAGAACUUUGACGAGGAAAUAAAGGAGAAUGCCUUUGAAGACACGGAAACUAAUCCCCUGAUGCUAACAUUACUUGUCUGUCUAUGGGCUGACGGAAUGCCAUUUGGUCGAACAAAAUGUGAGCUAUACAUUAAUAUCAUCGAACUUUUUCUGUCACGUGCCGAAAAGUUGGAGAACAUGCAGUCGUUUCAGGAUUUUUCGUGUGGAACAGAAGGUGAAACAAAGGCUACUGAUUAUGAAGAAUAUAUCAGGACACUUCACUUUUGCAAGAAAUACUAUGGACUUUUGUUGGAUGUUGGACGAUUGGCUUUUCAAACAUUGUUCAUAGACGAAAGAGAAAAUAGAUUGUCGUUCGAUAGCUCUGUAGCGGAAGAAUUCUUAGAACAGGAUCGUUUGGAGUUCUGUUUCCGUUCCGGAAUUUUGACGAAAAGCAAACUGAAAUCGUACACUUCGAAGAAGUCGAGAGUAUCUUUCCCGCAUAAAACACUCCAAGAAUUCUUUGCAGCAUUAUGCCUGAGCACAUCUCGUGAUCAAUCAAAUUUAUUGAAUAGUAUUGAAUCUAUAUGUGAUUCAGUAUCAAACAUUCUUGAGAUGUCGAAAGUAUUCUUGUUUCUUAGUGGUCUUGAUUCCCAAUUUGCCUGUUCCAUUUCAGACAAAUGGAAAGAAGUAAUUGCUAAAGACAGCAAUACUAAACAUUACAGAAAAACAGCGACGCACUGGGUUCAGACUUUGACAAUGGAGCAGUUGAAAGAUAUUCAAGAUAUGAACGUAGCCUCUGUUAAGGAAAUGAAAACAGUGAACAUCUGUUUACAAGAUUUUGCAAUUGACAAUGACUGCCGAAAUGAUAAGUACCUGUCAGCUUUAAAGGUACUGGCUAUCAAUAAUAAGGAUGAAAUGAAAUCACUGAGCAUAGAAAUGAAAGAUAUUUUUAAUCAAAAUAUACAUGAAAUUAUAGAGUCCUUUGAACUUAAAGAUGUACAUGGUCUUAACAAAGUUUACCUAAGAGGUAAACUCACAGAAGGUGAUGUCAAAUGCCUGUUAUCGGGUUCUGAAAAUACUUUAGAGAGUAUUGCAUUGAUAAGCGAAUGGCAGGAACAUGAUAUUGAGAAAAAUAUUCAUUGGUCCAGUACAAUGUUUUCGAUUCUCAGAGACAGGUGUAGGUUAUCCGCCAGAGACAGGUUAUCCGCCAUAAACCUUGAUGGAUUUUGUAUUCCCCAUGAAAACCUGAAACACCUUUUUCAUUACCUAAAACAAAGCGCUGUCUUCGAGCAAAUUAUUCUUUCUAGAAUAGAAUGUCUUGAUCACGGCAGGGAAUGCCUGGGUGAAGAACUUGAUCUGACUGAAAAUAAAACUCUUACAUUGCUCAGAUUGAGGAAAAUGCCCCUCUCAGAACUUAAAUUCAAUGCUCAUACACUGGAAGAAUGUGAUGUGGGGAAAUUCGAAACCUGUCCAAUCGUGUUUUCAUUCCUUGAUCAACUGAAAAACGCAAAGAAUCUCACACGAUUACACUGCGACGGGUUUGAAUCACCGGACGAACUCGAGAAGAUGCUGGAAGUAGUUAAUAUCUUAGACAGUGUAGAGUAUAUCGUUUUACGCAAUCUACAUGUGGGCGAUAGGUCCAUACUGCUGCCAAAUCACGCAACAAAUAUUCUUUACUUCCAGUUAUUUAAUAUAUCAAUGUCAAGCUCUAGGUUUAAAGAAGUAGUUGAGAUUUUGACAGGAUAUCAGCAUUCAGUCAAAAUAUGUAUUAAAGACUGUCAUAUGGCUCCAGAAGAAGACUACAGGGCGCUGAAGGAAGAGCUAACAAAGUCGUCUGCCGUCAAUGUAUUGUUUGACGGAGAGAAUCCAAUGAAAAUAAGUGAGUUUACUUUCAAGACGAUUAAACACUCAAUAAGUGAAUAAAUUCGAUGAAAGAUGGCGAUUAGUAAUUGACUAUUACUUUCAGUAACGGGAGAUUACUAGUAGACUAUGUUAAAAUACGUUAAUUGGGCUAUUCAUAGUCAUUUAUCAGUCUGCUGGUAGCUUUCUAUUUCAGAGGAUAGUUUACGGAACAUCAUAUUAACAGAAACUCCAUUUUAUUAACCUCACUUUAAUUAUUUUAAUCUUUUUGUACUCCCCCAAGGGGGGAAGCAGAUACAAUCGCCACCUUGUCCGUCCGUCUGUCCGUCCGUCAUACUUCUUGUCGAAAGGAUAACUUAAAAAGUAUUGAAGAUACCAAAUUGUUACUGUAUACAAUGAUAGAGCUCAUUGAGAGGAUGUGCAGUGACAAGGUACCAUAACUUUAAGUGUUCCCAUUUUUUAAUUAUCUCCCUUUUUCUGAGAAACUUAUCCGGGGCAUAACUCGAACACUAUGUAAGAUAUUGACGUGAUGCUUUACGUAGAAAUAGAGGUCAUUGAGAGAGAAUGCAGUGACAAAGAACCAUAACUAUAGGUUAUCCCAUUGUAUUCUUUUUUGAAAACUUUGUCCGGUGAGUAACUUGCAUACUAUGUAAGCCGGUGCUUGAGGGCGUGAGAUGUGCUGCACAUUUCAUUACAUCUCGUGAACAGACUCAAUCAAACCGAGUCUGCUAUUUUUCUUCUUGGUUGCAUUCUAUGCUUCCGAAAAGAUCUUUUUACCGAUUUUAUUGAUAUUUUACAGAUAGAGGCCAGUUAGAGGGAGUGCAGUAACAAAAACAGUAACUCUGGGUUGUCUCAUUUUUUAAUUAUUUCCCUUUUUUUAAAAACCUUGUCCGGGGCAUAACUUAAAUUCUAAGAAAGGUAUUGAUUUGAUACUUUACAUAUCCAUAGAGAUCAGUAUAAGAACGAGUGCAGUGAUAAGGAACCAUAACUCUAGGUGGUCCCAUUUUUGAAUUACCUACCCUGUUUUGAAAACCUUAUCUGGGGGCAUAACCCAAAUACUAUGUAAGGUAUUUACUUGAUACUUUACAUAUAUUCACAGAGGUGCAGUGAGAGAAAGUGCAGUGACAAGGGACCAUAACUCUAGGUGUUUCCAUUUUAAAAAAAAAAAUAUAUCUCCGUUUUUUUUCGAAAACCGUGCCCAGGGUAUAACUUUAAAACUUUCUAAGAUAUUAACUAUUCAUAGAGAUCAGUGAGAGGAAGUGCAAUGUUAAAGAACCACAACUCUUGCUGACCCCACCGAUGAAUUAUCUCCAUUUUUUGUUAAUGUUUAUCAAAAGCAUGAUUCCAAUCCUGAAAACAUUUGGAUGGAUUUUAUUCACGGUACAAAUCCGUACUUUUACUUUAUAAAAAGUAUAGUUUCUUUCUUGAUAGUGUAUAUAUUUGCUCUACAUUCAUUUCGUGAUCGUAAUCAAAGUCUGACACGAAUUCUGUCCAGCUACGAUUAGGCAUUUAUGUAUUACAUUACCCACAACUUCUUGUUACCUAUUUUCAUCAAGUAUCCAGUCUACUGCUUUAUUCUGCAAUAAAUAACUUUGUCUUUAAAAAAGAAACAUGUUCUUCAUUUGUUAUAUUUCCACAUCACAGACCUGUACAUUUCUCCUUCACACAACCUUCGUGACUGACUGAAAAGCCCCUUAUGCAACAGUAAUUUUGGGGAGCAUCCAUCGGUGUUACCGAUCGCCUUGUUAAAAUUAUUAAGAAAGUGCAAUAUAUGUAUGUCAACUGGAGAGAGCUUUGAAUAUGUCAAUGUUAAAUGCUCUCUCUCUCUCUCUCUCUCUCUAGUUAAUAAACGUUUUCAAUUGAGGUUGAAUUUAUUUUAACUUCACAUAAGAGGCGAAUGAAAUCUAUAUUCGCCGAACACUGUUAUAGUACUGCCUUUUAUCAAAUGUAAUUUUUUAUGUAAGCAAUAUUUUUUAUAUUUUUAUAUGGAAAGUAGUGUUGUUACUUGAUUGUGUUUUGUUAUUCUGUAUAUAUAUAGGUGUUAACAAUUGUAUCUGACUGGUUUGUAAAAAAAACAUGAAUGCUAUGAAUGCGUAUUCCAAAUACAAGAUAGAUAACAGA